UCUAUAACUAUUGUAAUGGCGUUAAUUCACAAUUACUAUCACAGAUAACUCUCCUCAUUACAGCGGUACAAGCUGUACACAAAGAACAGCUCAAAGACACUCAGGCGAUGGUAUCUUGUGUUGUUACUGGCUUGACAGAGGCACUGGAGACAGAUCAGGUGAAGUGGACGACAUUUGAAGAUGCGCCCAUAACUACCGGAUCAGAUGGUUUUACAAUUGAAACUAGUAGCUUGACUGGUAAUACCCAGACUACCACUUUGACUGUCCCUGGUAGUCAGACCGACACAGAUAAGGUUUACAAGUGUGUUAUCACGCCCACUGGAGAUGAUGUCACGGCAAAGACUACAGAAGUCAAUUUAAAAGUUUUCACUGUCAGUUCAACACCCGAGUCUGUCACCACUGAUACCGACCAGACCUUAACUUGUACUAUCGGAGAUCUAGACGCCAAUCAAGCUGUUACAGUGACUUGGAAGGAACCUGGUGAUGGAGCAUUAAUUAUAAACUCAGAUAAUACCAACUACGUAUUGAUUCCAGGAACAGUUGAUGGCGAGGGUAUUCAGAACGCACAACUAACCAUCAAACAAGCCAAAAUGGCAGGUUAUGCCGACCAAACAUCCUUCACUUACAAGUGCUCUGUGACGUCAUCACAGUAUUCAGACUCCCCCUCAUCUGUCGAACAAGUUGUUGUGGCUAACGUCGUUGAAAAGGAAAUAGAUGAGGGUGGCGAUAACGCGGCAGUGAUAGCGGCUUCGGUGGUGGGAGGAGUGGUUUUUGUGGCUGGGGCUGGAGCAGUUGCAGUCCUUGUCUACAAGAAGUUUUGUUUGUCGGCAGCAGUAGCAGCAGCAGCGGCACCACCAGUGUAGAACACAGCUUUAGGAGAGGGAGCAAAAA